CAACAUUUUGUCACACACAAUUGAAAGCCAUCAAACACAGUCAUCCUCACCACACAAACAUAUAUAUUCUCAGACAAAAAAAGGCCAUGGCCAUUAUAAUCACAAAAACAAUCUUGAUUUUCUUAUUUGUUACAAUAAUAUCAACCUCAACCAUAGAGGCACAGGCAAAUCCACCAAGCCGGCUAAUUGGAAUAAUACACGUCAACGGCACAUUAUAUUGUUCUACAAAUGGAGCUAAUAAUUCAAGUCCAUUUUUCCCUAAUGCUACGGUGCAAGUUGCGUGCACGGUGGACGUGAUAGCAAAUUCACCGUCAAAUAUGACAACGGAUAGUAACGGUGCAUAUCGGGUGGUUUUAAUCCCACGUCCGAAUGCCACCAUAAGCUCGAUAGUCUCCAAUUGUCGAGUUUUUGUGCUGACUCCACUUUCGAGCUGCAAUCGGGCCAUGCCGUCGAACGGGCUAGUUUCGGGCCUGCAAUUUGUGAGGACUGUCCCGAAUUUGUUCUGGUACAUAACCUAUAUGGUUGCAUCUGGUUUUGCACCAGAGGCUUAGGGGGUGAUGAAUUCAUUGUUUUGUAUGAAGAAAGUGUUUGGUAUGAAAUAUGAAUUAUGGUGGCUAAUUAAAUUACAUGUGAUGAUCGAAUGAGAAGUGCUUGGUAUGAAAUAUGAAUUAUGGUGGCUAAUUAAAUUACAUGUGAUGAUCGAAUGAGAUAAAUAUGAGGAAGUUGUAUGAACGAAUAAAAAUUGUUGGGUUUUUUUAAUCAGAAUAUUGUUGGAAAAUCAGUUUUAUAAAAUUGGGUUCACCCAAUUUUGACUGAUUUUUUUAUGGCUAAAUAUUUAAUUCGGAUUGAAUUAAAUUGUGUAAACAAAUUCUAUGUUUCGAAUCGAUACUCGGUAUAUUUAUUAUUGUAACAAAUAUUACGGUUGAGCUAGUCCUAAUUGUAAAAUCCUACACG